AUAAUAAUAUUAUCUAUUCGGCGGUGAUUGUGCGCGUGAGUCGUCGCGUCCUUCGUCUUCUGCGACGUAUAAUAUUUCGUUCUUUCGUCCACAUUUCCACAAUUUUCGGGCCGUUCGAUUAUAAAUAUUAUAAUAUACCGCCAUAUUAUAUUGUACAAUACUAUGAUAUUAUAACAUGAUUUUCUGGUUGGCUGUUCGCUACGAAUAAAAAUUGAUAAAAAUCGUUUUAAAUACUACGAUAGUAAUUUCACGUAUGCGAUUUGCGCCGCGUCGUCGGAUCGAUUUCGGUAUAUUAUUUUUUUAUAUUAUCACACAGCAUAAUAUAAUAACAUAGUGUAAUGAUAUCUCCGCUGUCCUCGUUGUCGGAUCACCAUCGCCUCGGUAGUAGCCGCCGAAAGUGACGCCCGGAAACUCUCUCGAACAUGGACGAUAAUAAUAUUGUCGUUGUUCCGGCCGUCGCCCGCCGCCGCCACCGCCGUCGUGUCAUCAACUACGCAGGUAUGGCGACCACCGGCUAGCGAUGGUGCCCACGUCGGUAUUGGUGUUGUGCGGCCUGCUGUCGGCCUUCUCCGUGGACCCGGCAUGGUCUGCCAGCGGCCCGGUCAUUCAGCAAUGUCCCACGCACGGCGAGAUCGCUCCUUGCGUGUGCACGGUGAAGAAGAAUGGCGGUUUGGACAUACUGUGCGAGUUCACCGACCUGCAGCACAUAUCCAAGACGAUGGCCGUGCUCAAGGGCAAACCGUCGCUGGUCAUAUUCUACCUGAAGCUCCGACACAACAACCUGCCCAAGUUGCAGGGUUUCGUAUUCCUGGGCAUGGACAUCCGGCACCUGACCAUACACAACAGCACGCUGGCCGUCGUCGAGGAGUCGUCGCUGAGUUCCAUCGGAAAAGCACUCACCCAAUUAGAUCUGUCUCAGAAUUCGUUAAGCAGCGUACCGACUCCGGCGUUGAAGAGCUUAGAUCGAUUGCUGAUAUUCAAUUUAAACCAUAACAAAAUCAGCGCCAUCCACGCAAACGCUUUCGAGGGGAUGAGCACGCUGGAAAUAUUGACCUUGUACGAAAAUCGGCUCACUAACAUCGAGGCCAAUGCGUUCGCCGGAACAGAGAAGAAACUGAAACGAUUGAACAUCGGUGGUAACGAAUUGAACCGAGUACCGAGCGGAGCUCUGCAGACGAUGGACAACCUAAAGAAAUUAGAAAUUCAAGAAAAUAAGAUUACGUCAAUCAGCGAAGGCGAUUUCAUAGGUUUACAAACACUGGAUAUGCUGAUCCUAGCACACAAUUAUCUCAAACAUAUACCUGCCAAAGUGUUUCGACAUUUGCCGCUACUGAAUUCAUUGGAGUUGGACGGAAAUCAAAUAUCGAGCAUUGAUGAAGAGGCUUUUUUUGGUUUGGAAGAAAAUCUUCAAUAUUUGAGAUUGGGCGACAACAACUUGCACACAAUACCGAGCGAAUCGCUCCGUCGUUUGCACAGACUUCGACACUUGGACCUCAAAGCAAAUAACAUAUCACAUAUCGCCGAAGACGCAUUCACCGGUUUUGGCGAUUCGAUCACGUUUUUGAAUUUGCAAAAAAACGACAUCAAAACGUUACCGAUGAUGGCGUUCGAGAACUUGAAUUCCUUGGAAAUAUUAAACCUGCAAAACAACAAACUGACGCGAGUGCCAGAAGAAGCGCUCGAGGCAAUCGUAGACACCGCAACUGUUAUUGAUAUUAUGGAUAACCCGCUGAUUUGUGACUGUGACCUGCGCUGGUACAGGGAUUGGCUAAAAGAGUUACGUCACCGGGACGACGACGACAUCAUACAGAAGAAGCACAUACUCUGCCUGAUGGAAGAAGAACACAGGGAGUUUAGCGUCUUGAAUUUGCCGGUGGAGAGAAUGAACUGCGUGGGCAAGAAGUACUCGUCGUCGGCCAACGGGAUCGGUGAAGCUCGUGUCCUGUCCCGUAUCCUGAUAGUUUUCGUCUUCGCCCUACACCAAUUCAAAUGAACACACACACACACACACCUACACACUCACUUACACACUUACACACACACAUACACACACACACACGCUGACACACACACACAAACACAAUGACACAUUGACAAACGCACUUACACUCGCAUACACGCAAACACGCACGCACGCGAGCUAUCUAAUGUACACGCCAUAAUCACAAUACGAUAUAAUAUAAUAUUAUUGUAUAUACGCCUACAACUUACAGCCACGACCUCCCGAACUCGCGUCGAGAUUGAACAAAAUACAAUAUCGAGUGUGCCAGUGCACAUAGUUGCACUGCGUGGUGCAGGUGCAGUGCCCGCGCACGAGUGUAAUUAUUACUAAAUAUUACGACGACAGGACCUACGUAUGACCAACGACCCAACUCCUGCGAUGUGGCGGAUACCUCUGAAUGUUUAAAAAAACGCUCAUGAUAACUAUACCCCAGCUGCUACGCGUAGAAAGCGAUCGAACGGCGAGCGUCGAAAUUCGCGGCGUUUAGACCCGAAGCUCUGUCUCAUCGCGUCACAUUUUGUUCGUUGUCCGUUUGAAGACACUAUCGGUGCGAAACACAGUUGCGAUACGAUACAUAUUAUUAUUGUAAUAUGGCAUCGAAAUCGAACAUGCAUGACGGUACAAUGCGAUUUCGAUGUGCCGCCGACGAUUUCGGGUCACAAAAUAUCAUAAUAUUACACCAGUUGCCCCCAUGUGUUUGUAUAUUUUUUUUUUCAUUUUUUGUAUAUUUUUCGUUUACUCUCAAUUUGGCCGAGGACCGUCGGACCUUUUGCCGACAGCAUAUCAACCACAUAUCAUCCGUAUCGUAUAAUUAUUAUAAGUAUCCAUACAUUUUAUAUUAGGUAAUAAUGAUUUAAUCGUGACACAAUAAUAUAUUAUCAAUAAUAAUAUCAUAUUAUAUUAUAUUAUAUAUCUUAUCGCCGCAUAGGAAACGUGUAUAGACGCGACUCUUAUAUAGGACACGUGCAGCAGUGCCGGAUUUAGAGGGGUGCAAUAGUGACCUCGAACCUGAGUUGGUUUCGAGCCGGUUAGUCAGGUUGGUGUCUUAGAUUUUCGAACUUUGUAAAAUGAUAAAUUACUAAUAAUUUCGAAUUAUGAUAUAAAAAAAUAAAGUAUUUUAAUAAAUAUUACCCACACCCGUUCAUUUUACGUAAACUGUUAUCAACUCGAUUUUAUCCCAGAUAACGUCACUAUUGUCCCUCGAUUUAAAGCAACUCAGUAUGAGCCAUGAGGUGCUUAUUCCUAGUUCAAGCGCAGAUCCAGGGGGGUGAAACACCGGGGCAAGUUCCCGCCCGUUCACAAUAAAAUAUAAUCUAAUUUUUCAUUAAUUAUUAAAAUUCAGCAUCGUAAAAAUGUAUAAGUGCCCUCUCUGUCCGCAGAUUCUGGAUCCGUUUUUUACCAAAUCGAAAUUUUUUCUCUUUUUUUAAUCCAUAUUCACUUUUAUCAACAACAAAAAUGUAUACAUAUAUACAGUAAAACCUCUUCAAAACGUAAUCGCUCGGUACCAACUGUUUUUUCCGUUAUAAAGGACUCUCCAUUAUAUAGGUAGACUAAAAUAUACGGGAUAUAGGUCAUACUGCAGGACAGUCAUUAUUUUCCGUCGUAAGGAUAUUUUCGUCUUAUAGGGGAUCCGUUAUAAGGAGCUGGUAUUACUGUAUAUAAUUAUAAAAACAUCAAAAUAUUACUUAUUAAUUAUUAUGAAUAGAAUUUUUUUUUAAGGUGACAUCAACAUUAUAGUAUUCAUACCCCGGACUUGGAUCCGGCACUGGACACGUGUUUACGCUAUUUAGAUAUAGACCUGCAGUUUUACGUGCAAGUGCUUUUAUUUUUUUCAUCGUAAAUAUUAUACACUUAAAAAAUCUCUACCCCCAUGCGUGUUACGUGAUAUAAUAAUAAUAUUACAAUAUCGCCAGAGUGCAGAUAUAGUGGGAAACCGCGAGCAUCGACGGCUGUCGUCUAAGUUUAUGACGAUUAUUAGGACAACCUCCGCGGAAAUUUAUCGAUCGAUUGCGCGACAGUGACAACAGUGACACACUGUACAACCUUUACCUAGUAAACCUACGUCGAAUACAAAUUUUUUUUUAUUAUAGGCGGCGAUAAUAAUUUUUAAUUUGAAAUAUUAUAGUGGUCGUGAAAAAAACCAACAAACCCAGGACACGAAGCUUUGGACUUGGUCGUUGUAUUUUUAUUGUCGGUAUAAUACUUAACAAUAAUAUUACAUAGUGCAAUAAUAUCGUACGGCGCCUAGACACGUAUACGUACCUAGGUAUAUAACACGCAUGCAUGUACCUACCAUCAUAUCAUAUCAUAUUCAUAUCAUCAUCGUCGCCGGACUAAUCAACAGAUUUUAUACGAUUGCCCACUUUAUGUCGAGGAUUGAUUUCAAUAAUCUUGCGGUCCCCGUUGGCAGGAAACGUCCUCCUUGGCAAUUAAAACCGUCCACGAGAACCAUCGACGAAAAUCAGACGUUAUUACUACCCACCCUAUCGUCGAGUGUCCCCUUUAUACUCAUUGGCCAGUACACGCGUUGGACAUCACAGUUCGCAUAAUAUUCUACGAUAUAUUGUUCAACCCAUCAUGUGGAUAACCACUCCGCUACAUAUUGCACGUGACUUUUUUCCGAUUUCAAUUUUUAGCAUUCGACUUUCGUUUUUCAAUAACGUCUUCGUAUUAUAAGUAUCUAGUAUCUAUGCUUUAUCAUACCUAUUAUGUAUCUAAGUAUCUUACCCGUAUAAACAUGAGAUUUAACGAGCUAUAAUAAUAUAUUAUAUUAUAUAAGUAUGAAAACUAUAUUAUAACCAAUGGAUUAUACGAUUUUAAUUUUAGGAAUUUUGUAGACGAUGAUAAAAUUAUAUUAUACUGUAGCUGAACAAAAAAAUGUUGAUUUUAAGUCAUCAUAGUUAUCAUAUAGAUUUAGGAAUGUUUGAAGAGUGUUAUUAUAUUUACAUAUUAUACGAUUGAUUAUAAUAUUAAUUAUUAUCAUUAAGCUUAAAAACCAUUCGCAAUACAUAUCUUAAUAAAUUACGUAACGAUGAGAGCUAUUACGAUUCUUUGCAAUACCCGGCGGGACGUUUGUGGAAUAACAUAAAAAAAAUCAAAAUAAAAUGUUUUAAAAAACAUCUAUAAAACAAAAAACUAAGUACCAUCUGCUGUGUCGUGUCAAAAGGUCGUUAUCGGCAUCGUCUCGCGGGGCACUGCAAAAGACAUAAUUAGCAUACGACUUACGUAAUUUUAAAUACAUUUACAUGUGAUUUAUGAGUUUAUACAUUUUAAGACUAUUAGGAUAUAACAACUAUUAUUAUUAUUAAUAUUACAUAAUAUUCAUAAUAGCUAUAUUGAUCAGUAUAGACAAUAUAGUAAAUUAACAGAUACAUAUCUAUAAAAUGCAUAUCCCAAUUUAAAAAUGUAAUCAUUUUUUUUUUAUUAUUAUUAUUAUAACUAUAAUAUCAUUAUAUUGUAUUUAUAUUAUUAUUAUUAUUAUUAUUAUUAUUAUUAUCAUACGCAUAUUUUAAUGUUGUUGUAUUUUCGUAAUAUUAUUAUAUUAAUGUCGUGGAUAUAUUAUUAUAAAGAAGUAGUGUUUAGAGUGUUCAUUUAAUAUGCAUUUACAUCACGUAUACAUAUCCGUAUUAAGAACCAUCAUUAUUAUAUAUAAUAUAACGGAGUAAGGCCAUGUUUUUAUGUGAGUUUUCUCUUUUGAAAUAAAUAUAAAAAAUAAAAUUUUUCUUUGUUCAGA